CGGGCUUUGCGUUUCCCGAACAACAGAACUCCACGCAAUGGCCGACCUCCUUCAGGAACUCAAUGAGCGCUUUGCUCAUCCAAAUGAAGAGCUUUCUCCCGAAGUAGCUACAGAGCUGCAAAGCAUCAUACGGAUCCAUGAAUUACCGCCAGAAGAGUUGAGCUACAAAUGGGAGUCUUACUGCAUGAAGAUGGGUGCAGAGACGAAACUAGACUUGAAAACCGUGAGGGACUUCAAAAAGGAUUUACAAGAAACGUUAGAAAGAGAGGCAAGGAGUAAGGUGGGCAAAGGAGCGGAGAAAAGAGCGAUAAAUGCGACGCCGAGACACGCCGCUACUGGUGGCGACGCUUUCGAUAUGCUUGAUAAUCUCGUUUCGAGUACUCCACGACCUGGCUCAAUGAGCACUGCCAAACGAAAGUCUAACUUCGAGACUCCCGCUUCCAAAGCCGCGAAGGCACAUGCUACUAGCUCGCCGACGGGAACAAAAGUGCCAGCAUCUUCAACAAAAGCAUUCGCGGACCGAGAUAAGGCUGGAGAGAUUGAUGAGACGAUUAACUCACACAUUGAGCAGCCAGACCCUCCAGCAAUUGGCCCCACUGAAGCGCGUAUCAAACUGAAGGCUAACACCGAUCUACCCAAGUUUGGCUAUAAAACUAUGGCUAUGAAAUUAUCGGAGGCGUCAGAGCUAUUGGAUGAUAGGAUUGAGGAAUUUGUCUCUAUUGUACAAGAGUAUCAUAACUUGGACGAGAGCGACAUGGGGGAUCCCACAAGAGCCAGCCAAAGCGAAAUUGUAACCGUUGGGCGCAUUGCAUCGGAUCUACAGGAUGGCAAGUUGAACCUCGCGUCUCUUGUCCUCGAAACACAACGACGGCGAGGCAAUGGUAUCAGGGUACCUCUUAAGGUUGACAAGCUUACAAGCUUCGAUUUUUUCCCUGGAAAGAUUGUUGCACUUCGGGGAACAAAUGCAUCUGGUGAUUUUUUUAGUGUUCGCGAGGUGCUGGAAAUCCCGUACCUUAUGCAGGCGGCUUCGACGGCGCCCGAAAUCGAUGCCUGGAACUCAAGAUUAGAGCAGGACGACGGAUCUAUACGCCCACUCACUGUUCUAAUCGCAUCUGGCCCAUAUACAACUGAGGACACAUUAGACUUCUCGCCAUUCCAGGCAUUGUGUGACAAAGCCGAGGAACUUAAAGUGGACAGCCUUAUCCUCUGCGGCCCGUUCUUGGAUCUUGAACACCCUCUAGUGCGAGACGGCGAUUUUGAUCUCCCUUCUGAUUUCCCAGUGGAGCCGGAUCAAGCCACGCUUAACGAUGUUUUCCGUUAUUAUAUCUCGAUUCCCAUCCAACGUCUCGCGAAAGCACUCCCGUCUAUCACUGUACUCAUUUGCCCCUCCGUCCGAGACGCGGUAUCCAAACAUGCAGCAUGGCCACAAGAUCGAUUCAUCAAAAAGGAACUCCAACUUCCACGCCAAGUCUCCGUGGUCACAAAUCCUAUCACCAUCAGUUUGAACGAAAUUGUAUUAGGAAUGUCCUCCCUUGAUGUUUUGGAUCAACUCAGAGCUACGAACGUGAGUGGAGGGAAGGCGAGCCAUGGCGACUUUCUGGCGCGACUCUGUCAGAAUGUGCUUCAGCAGAGACAUUUCUUUCCUGUCUUCCCACCUAUGGAGAGACACCCCUUAUCAAAUGCUUCAGCUACAGAAGAUGGAAUAGAACUGGAUGCCAAAACUAUCGGAGCUAGUCUAGAUAUUUCUUAUCUUAAGCUCGGAGAAAUGACCACAGGUCUCGAUAUACUUGCACUACCAUCCACCCUGAAACCUUUUGUUAAGGUUGUCCAAGGCACGAUCGCCAUCAACCCUGGAACGCUGUCGAAAAGGAGAGGCGCCGGAACAUAUGCUCGUCUAACCAUUAUGCCUCGGAAGAUUACAGACGAGGAGCGUGAGAGCGGCGAUUUGUUGGCCCACAAGUUGUACGAACGCACCAGGGUAGAUAUCGUAAGGAUAUGAAUAUUUAGCAAUACAUCAUCGGGAACGUUGUUCAUCACGGUGUAUGUCAUGAUUUGAAAUGUGGGCGUAGACUCAUUGGACAGGGCGUUUUUCUGGGCAAUUGCAAAGUCCCGCGGUUUGAUACACCGUGGUGAAUGAGAACCAAGGAAAGGCUAAGAAUUAUGCAUUGUAUAGCAGCGAGUGAAACCAGCUUCAUGAAACGGUAUACCAAAUCGAACUCUAAUGGAAAUUUCUACAUCCACA